AUGGAGAACAUCAAGCAAAGGUCGGGAAAAGAUGCUGCAACUUUGAAUCGUCUAGCAGAGGACAGAAAGGAAUGGAGAAGCCUCGCCAAUGAACAGACCCUGAUCAUGCACAAAGCGGUCAAUGGUACCCAUGAUAGUGCUCUGGGUGUCUGUGCUAACGCUUGCAGUAUGUUCGUCGGCUUUUUGGUGGCGACGGCUGCUGCAGCCCCAGACCACUACGGACCACCUCCGACCAGGUUCUAUGGCUUUCCCGGGGCGUAUUCAGGUCCAGUCAUUCCCAUCCUGAAGGACGAGCGUGAGGGACCUGACGCAUCUGGAGUGUACAGCUUCGAGUUCGAGACUGGCAAUGGCAUCAAGCGAGAGGAACAAGGUGCCCCUCAAGGACCGUCUGGCGCAGUGGCAAUGCAAGGAGGAUGGUCUUUCACUUUCCCCGACGGCUCCCCCGCCGAUGUCUCUUUCGUCGCCGACGACGCUGGUUUCCGCGUCGAGUCUGACCUGUUGCCCACGCCCCCUCCUCUCCCCGCCCACGCCAUCGCCCAGAUCGAGAAGGCUCGUCGGGAGGACGCAGCUGCUGCCGCCUUGAGCGGGCAUUACACCGCUCCUCGGACAAGCUAUGGAUACCCAUAA